AAACAAAGCUUCACUGACACAUCGCAGAGGAGAAGAAAAGAAGAGGAGGAAGUGACAUCAUAACUUUCUAUUUCAUUCUGUCAGUAUGAGGCUGAAGCAGGAUGUGAGUCCAGUAGUGGUCGUCAUAUUCAGAUUGGUGGUUUGGCUUUAUUCUCUCAUCUCUUACCUGCCGUACCUGUUGCUGAGAUCGUCCGAAUCGCAAUCGUUCUCCGAGUGUUCGCGGAGGGUGAAAGGCCGUUCCCUGAGCGCACAUCCGUCGGGACCGUACCGGGAUGUCGGAGCACUGAGGGCGCUGGCAAUGUGCCUACAGCCCGGGGUGAACACACUCGAUCGAGUGUUUGAAUCAACCGUAAGCCGCCAUCCUGACCUCGACUGCCUGGGCACCAGAGAGUUGCUGAGCGAGGAAGACGAAAGUCAGGAGGAUGGAAGAGUCUUCAAGAAGGUGAUUUUGGGAGAGUAUCGCUGGAUGACGUAUGAUCAGGUGUAUAAAGAAGUGAGAGCGUUCGGGAGCGGUUUGGCUUCUCUAGGACAGAAACCUCUGAAAAACAUUGCCAUCAUCUGUGAGACCAGAGAGGAGUGGAUCAUAGCGGCGCAAGCCUGUUUCAUGUACAACUUCCCAUUGGUAACUCUUUACUCUACUCUGGGAGGUCCUGCUAUUGCUCAUGGUCUCAAUGAAACUGAAGUUUCCCACAUCAUCACAAGCAAAGACCUUCUGGAAACCAAACUCAAGAACAUUUUGCUGGAUGUUCCGAGAUUACGACAUAUCAUCAUAGUUGACGAUAAGCUCAACAGCAGCUCUGAAUAUCCACGAGGCAUCAGUGUCCACAGCAUGGCGGCUGUGAAGAGACUUGGGGCCCUUCCUGAGAAUGCGGUGAGGCAGAGACAGUCUCCGUGUGCCUCUGAUGUGGCGGUGAUCAUGUACACCAGCGGCUCCACUGGAGUGCCAAAAGGAGUCAUGAUCUCUCACAGAAAUAUUAUUGCCGGAAUCACUGGCAUGGCGGAGAGGAUUCCCAACCUCGGUGAGGAUGACACAUACAUUGGCUACCUUCCACUGGCUCAUGUGUUAGAGUUGAGCGCUGAGAUGGUGUGUUUUGCUCAGGGCUGUAGAAUCGGCUACUCUUCACCACAAACUCUCUCAGACCAGUCAACCAAGAUAAAGAAGGGAAGCAAAGGAGACGUUAGUGUCCUGCAGCCCACUCUAAUGGCAGCAGUACCAGAGAUUAUGGAUCGAAUCUACAAGAAUGUAAUGCUAAAGGUGGAGGAAAUGAGUGCUUUUCAGAGGACUCUGUUUCUACUGGCCUACAACUAUAAGAUGGAGCAGCUUGCGAUGGGAUACAGCACUCCACUGUGUGACAAGCUGGUCUUCCGGAAGGUUCGGGCGUUGUUAGGUGGACGUUUACGAGUGUUAUUGUCAGGCGGGGCACCUCUCUCUGCGGCGACCCAGCGGUUCAUGAACAUCUGCUUCUGCUGCCCUGUGGGUCAGGGCUACGGCCUAACAGAGACCUGCGGCGCCGGGACCAUCAGCCAGCUUUGGGAUUACAGUACAGGACGAGUUGGCGCACCAUUGGUUUGCUGUGAAAUUCAGCUUAAGGACUGGAUAGAGGGUGGCUAUCGCAGCACAGACCGGCCCUGUCCGCGAGGAGAGAUUCUGGUCGGUGGGCCAAACGUAACAAUGGGCUACUACAAGAACAAAGACAAGAACCGUGAGGACUUCUUCGUGGAUAAGAAAGGCCAGCGGUGGUUCUGCACUGGAGACAUCGGAGAGUUUCAUGGAGAUGGCUGUCUGAAGAUUAUCGACCGUAAGAAAGACCUGGUGAAGCUUCAAGCAGGAGAAUAUGUGUCUCUUGGAAAAGUGGAGGCCGUCCUGAAAAACUGCCCACUCGUCGACAACAUCUGUGCCUAUGCCAACAGUGACGAGUCUUACGUGAUUGGCUUUGUGGUGCCCAAUCAGAAGCAGCUCCUGGCGCUGGCUGAGAGGAAGCGUAUCAGAGGUUUGUGGGAGGAGCUCUGUAACAGCCCUGUCAUCGAGGAGGAGGUGCUUAAAGUCAUCACAGAAGCGGCACUGACAGCCCAGUUAGAAAGAUUUGAGAUUCCCCGGAAGAUCUGCUUGAGCAUUGAGCCCUGGACUCCAGAGACCGGCCUGGUUACAGACGCUUUUAAACUCAAGCGAAAGGAGCUAAAAACUCACUACCAGGACGACAUUGAGAGGAUGUAUGGAGCCAAGUAGAACCAAACCCCUGCUGAUUCCAGACGAAAACGGUGGACAAGAGGGC